CCGGGCCGGAGGAGGGACCGACCCGAGCCCAGAGAGGCUGGACCGGGAUCAUGGACCGAGACCAGUGCCGGGCGUCGGGCCCUGCCCUGCGGCGGUGGCUACUGCUGGGGGCCGUGACAGCGGGGCUCCUGGCCCAGAGCGUCCUGGCGGGUGUGAAGAAGUAUGAUGAGCCCUGUGGAGGGAGAGACUGCAGUGGGGGCUGCCAGUGCUACCCUGAGAAAGGAGGGCGGGGUCAGCCCGGGCAAGUGGGCCACCAGGGAUACACUGGGCCCCCCGGGUUACAAGGAUUCCCAGGACUGCAGGGCCGCAAAGGUGACAAGGGUGAAAGAGGCUCUCCCGGGAGCAUAGGACCGAAAGGAGAAGUGGGACAAAGAGGCGUUUCUGGAUUCCCUGGUGCUGACGGAAUUCCUGGACAUCCUGGGCAAGGUGGACCCCGAGGACCACCUGGCUAUGAUGGCUGCAAUGGGACCAGGGGAGACGUAGGCCCCCAGGGACCCUCUGGCAUUGGGGGUGUCCCCGGAUCUCCUGGGCCCCUCGGACCCAAAGGCCAGAAAGGUGAACCUUAUGCACUGUCCGAAAAGGACCGCGACAAAUACAGGGGUGAACCCGGAGAUCCUGGAUCGAUCGGUUUCCAGGGGCCCCCCGGCCGCCCUGGGCCUAUGGGACCAAUGGGUCCACUUGGAGUUCCAGGAAGACCAGGACCACCUGGACCCCCUGGACCCCCUGGAGAGCCAGGCAACAGAGGACUCGGUUUUUAUGGAGAAAAGGGUGACAAGGGUGACAUGGGCGCCCCAGGGCCCAACGGGCCUCCGUCAGACUUUCAACCGAUCACCGGGCCCGGAAAGGUUACCGUCCCCCCGUACAAGGGUGAAAAAGGAAGUAAGGGGGAAAAAGGAACAAUAGGCAUUUCCUUGAAGGGAGAAGAAGGAAUCCUGGGCUUCCCAGGACCCCGGGGCCCCCCGGGCACCUACGGUGACAGAGGUUCACAAGGAGAGAAAGGAAGCGGAGGACCAGAUGGCUAUCCGGGCACUGUGGGACCCCAGGGACCCAAGGGAGAACUGGGUGACCCAGGCCCCCCUGGCCCCCCUGCCUACACCCCCCAUCCUGCUCUAGCUAAAGGUGGCAGAGGUGACCCAGGAUUUCCAGGGGCCUAUGGAGACUCAGGAGCUCGGGGUCCACCAGGAGACCCUGGCCCACCAGGCUUCCCUGGCACGUCCAUCAUAGAUGAAGAUGUGAAGAGAGGCUUCCCCGGUGAAAUGGGACCCAAAGGCUUCCCAGGAGAGCCGGGCAUCCCUGCGCUAUACCCCGGCCCGCCAGGAGUUCCCGGAAAGCCAGGGUCCCAAGGCCUCCAGGGGCCCGCCGGACCACCUGGACCAGACGGUUUCCUUUCUGGCAUUAAAGGAAGACCCGGAAAGGAGGGCACUCCUGGGUCCCCCGGUUUCCCUGGGGCUCGCGGACAGAAAGGAUGGAAAGGUGAUGUCGGGGACUGUAAAUGCGCAGAUGAUCAGAUCAUCCCGGCUCUGCCAGGGCUGCCAGGACCGAAGGGCUUACAGGGCUUCAGCGGGGAGCCGGGGAAGAGAGGGAUUCUAGGAGACCCUGGCCAUCACGGCACCCCUGGGUUCCCAGGGUUCAAGGGAAUCCCUGGUGACAUUGGACCUCCUGGACCCAAAGGAAUAAAGGGAGAUUCUAGAACAAUUACCACCAAAGGUGAGAAGGGACAGCCAGGUGUCCCAGGUGUGCCUGGUCUGAAAGGUGAGGACGGCACCCAGGGGCGUGACGGGCUCGAUGGAUUCCCCGGCCUUCCAGGCCCUCCCGGUGAUGGCAUCAAAGGCCCCCCAGGGGACGCAGGCUACCCAGGAGCCCCCGGAACCAAGGGCAUUCCAGGAGAAAGGGGUCCCCCAGGACUGGGCCUGCCAGGCCCCAAAGGCGAGCGUGGCUUCCCCGGAGAGGCUGGAUUACCCGGACAACCAGGCUUCCCCGGACCUCCCGGCCCCCCAGGCCUCCCAGGACAAAUAGAUUGUGAUACAGGUGUGAAAAGGCCCAUCGGAGGUGACGGACAGGAAGGCAUCCAGCCAGGCUGUGUCGGAGGACCCAAGGGAUUGCCAGGCCAGCCGGGACCCCCAGGACCCCCAGGUAUCAAAGGCCUCAGAGGGUUACCAGGAUUCUCAGGAGAAGAUGGACCCCAAGGACUCAAGGGUCCCCCAGGAGAUCCAGGUCGCGAAGGGUUGCCAGGACCCCCAGGGUUCGUGGGGCCCCGAGGAUCCAAAGGCCCGAUGGGCCUCCCUGGCCCGGAUGGACUCCCAGGUCCCAUUCCUGGAGACAUGGGUCCACCCGGAUUCAGGGGAAGCCAAGGGAUGCCAGGAAUGCUGGGCCCAAAAGGUCAGCUAGGCUUCCCAGGGCCUCUAGGGAAACCAGGCCUGCCCGGGCCACCAGGACAGCAUGGCUACCCUGGGACUCCUGGCCAGGAGGGGCCCUUGGGGCUGCCAGGCUCCAUCGGCCAUGGAGGUCUGCCUGGAGAAAGAGGGGACCCAGGUGACGCAGGUGUCCCUGGCCCUCUGGGCAUGAAAGGUGUCCCCGGUGACAGAGGCGACCCUGGUCUGUUGGGUGAGACUGGUCCUCCAGGAAACCCUGGCUUUAAAGGAAUGGCCGGAAUGCCUGGUACCCCUGGGCCAAAAGGUCUUAGAGGUUCACCUGGGAUGGAUGGUUUCCAGGGCCUGCUUGGGGUGCAAGGAAGACCCGGGCAGCCGGGACACAAAGGGGAGCCUGGAAGGUUUGGCGUUCCGGGACCAAAGGGCCCAAUUGGAUUGCCAGGUGGCAAAGGAAGCCGGGGGGAACAGGGUCCCCCAGGACCGCCUCCCCGCAUUGAUGAAGAAAUUAAACACCUUAAAGGGGAAAAAGGGGAUGUAGGACCCAUGGGACUGAAGGGCUACCUGGGAUUAAAAGGUGUUCCGGGAAUGCCAGGGGUCCCUGGGAUAUCAGGCAUCCCUGGGUUGCCUGGAAGGCCCGGCUACAUCAAAGGAGUGAAAGGAGACAUCGGAGUUCCCGGCCUGCCUGGUGUGCCAGGAUUCCCUGGUGUGCCAGGCUCCCCUGGAAUUACUGGGUUUCCAGGUUUCGUAGGAAGUAGGGGUGACAAGGGUGCUCCAGGGACAACAGGUCUUUAUGGCGAGAGCGGCCGCACGGGUGAUUUUGGUGAUGUUGGCGACACUAUAAAUUUACCAGGAAGCCCGGGCCUGAAGGGGGAACAGGGUGCCAUUGGAACACCAGGUCUAAAGGGAUUCUUUGGAGAGAAAGGAACAGCAGGUGACAUCGGCUUCCCCGGGAUAAUGGGCACAGCCGGAACCCAUGGCUCUCCCGGAGUUAUCGGGCAAGCAGGCUUCCCAGGACUGACAGGCCAGCAGGGACCACAAGGAGACCCGGGCCGGGCCGGAGUGCCCGGCACCAAAGGAGAUUAUGGCUGGCCAGGUGUUCCAGGCUUACCAGGUUCAGCGGGCAGCCGAGGCAUCGGGGGAUUAGACGGCUUACCAGGCACCAAAGGCUUUCCCGGAUCCCCAGGUGCAGACAUCCACGGAGACCCGGGUUUCCCAGGUCCUGCUGGGGACAGGGGUGAGCCAGGAGAGGCCAACACCCUACCGGGUCCUAGCGGAGCCCCGGGACAAAAGGGGGAGCAAGGCAUUCCAGGGGAACGAGGCCCAGUUGGGAAUCCAGGACAACAAGGGUUUCCAGGGUUCACACCCCCUUCCAACAUCUCUGGGUCGCCUGGUGACCAAGGGGCCGCGGGGAUAUUUGGCCUGAAAGGUUAUCCAGGCCCCCCGGGGCCACCCGGGCCUGCUGCUUUUCCCGGAAGCAAAGGCGAGGAGGGGAGCCCUGGGGCUCCAGGAAACCCAGGGACCAAAGGAUGGGGUGGGGACCCCGGCUUCCGCGGGGCUCCAGGGAAGGCAGGUCCCCAGGGAAGAGGCGGUGUGUCUGCCAACCCCGGAUUCCGAGGAGACCUGGGGCCCAUGGGGCACCAGGGGCCGCUGGGCCAGGAAGGGGAGCCAGGCCGCCCCGGGACGCCUGGCCUGCCUGGCAUGCCCGGCCGCAGCGUCGGCAUCGGCUACCUCCUGGUGAAGCACAGCCAGACGGACCAGGAGCCCAUGUGCCCAGUGGGCAUGAACAAGCUGUGGAGUGGAUACAGCCUGUUGUACUUUGAAGGCCAGGAGAAAGCCCACAACCAGGACCUGGGUAGGUACCACCCGCCAGUCCCCAAGGCCAGCCAGCUGCAGGUGGUCAAAACUGAAUGGCCACAGGACGUCUGCUACUACGCCAGCCGCAAUGACAAGUCCUACUGGCUGUCCACCACCGCCCCACUGCCGAUGAUGCCCGUGGCCGAGGACGAAAUCAAGCCCUACAUCAGCCGCUGCUCGGUGUGCGAGGCCCCGGCCGUCGCCAUCGCCGUCCACAGUCAGGACGUCUCCAUCCCCCACUGCCCGGCCGGGUGGCGGAGCCUGUGGAUCGGAUACUCCUUCCUCAUGCACACAGCCGCAGGCGAUGAAGGUGGUGGCCAGUCCCUGGUGUCGCCAGGCAGCUGUCUGGAGGACUUCCGUGCCACGCCUUUCAUUGAGUGCAACGGAGGCCGUGGGACCUGCCACUACUUCGCCAACAAGUACAGCUUCUGGCUCACCACCAUCCCCGAGCAGAGCUUCCAAGGCUCGCCCUCCGCCGACACGCUCAAGGCGGGGCUCAUCCGGACGCACAUCAGCCGCUGCCAGGUGUGCAUGAAGAACCUGUGAUGGACGCGCCGGGCUCGCAGGCGCCGCCCCACCCGGACGCACUUCUCUGCAGGUUGACAUUCAGCUGGGGCCACGUUGGUGCUUAUUCUUAAUUUAUUACCUCAGGUGCUGACCCAAAAGUUGAUUUCAGUUUUUUCUGUAAAAACAAACAAAGGUCACCAAAGGAAUCCAGCACCAGUACUUCUAUCAAAUAGCCACUUGUCAUCCAUUCAUAGGUGCUAGCCACGGUCUCCACUCUGCAGAGUGAAGCCCUCCUCCGACACUGCGACCCUCCGAGAUGGAAAACUAUUAACAGCCCAGCACUCCCUGUCAGGCCGCACUAGACUAUUAUGCGCUAGGUGUAACUAACUUCUUAACAUGUACCUCUGUAGUCACCGUACUUUCAAACGCCACAGACAGCCCACUCAUUUAACUCAUUUAAUGGGGUGGUAUAGACAAAUGAAGCCAUACAGCCCAAGGGCUCCUGAAUUCAUUGCCACUGUUCCCACAUGAGGGUCUCCUGGGGAAAGACCCGACCCUGCCCACUAAGCCAACGCAAUGACUCAAUGACAGCAUGAUCUUCUCCCAAAGCUGUUGGUGUGAAUUAUCCUAACCCCCUCGAGGCCAAGAAGACACUGAUAGUCACACACCAGCUGUCAUUCUUUCCACCACAGCCUUACAGGUCACUGGGUUUGGCAAAACUCACAUAGAAACAAAGACCUUCUAACUGUCUGUUGUCAGCCAGGCUACUUGACGGCAAACUCCGAACAGUCAGAAGUGAUGUUUCUACUGCCCCCUGGCCGCCCUGGAGAUUGACCCUCCAUUUUUCUGUACACUGUCCUCUAUCAUGAACGUAAAAUAAAAGUUGGUUUUGAACAUUUUUAUACCC